AUGACAACGUCACUGUCCUUGGCGCCCAAACCCGCCGUCGCCGCCGCCAUCCCGAGGCUUGCGCCACCGUCGACCAUCGAAAUGGCGCCCUCGCUGCCGCCGCCGCUUGUCAGUGUCAACAGGAACAUGGGGGCGAAGCACAAGGCCGUGGUUGUGAUGGGCGCGACGGGGACGGGGAAGACGCGCCUCGCCGUGGACCUCGCGCUGCGGUUCGGCGGCGAGGUGAUCAACUCCGACAAGAUGCAGGUGUACCGGGGGCUCGACGUGGCGACCAACAAGGUCACCGCCGAGGAGUGCGCCGGCGUGCCUCACCACCUGAUCGGGGUGGCGCACCCGGACGAGGAGUUCACGGCGGAGGACUUCCGGCGGGAGGCGUCGCGCGCCGCGGGCGCGGUCGCCGCGCGCGGCAGGCUGCCCAUCAUCGCGGGGGGCUCCAACUCGUACAUCGAGGAGCUCGUCGACGGCGACCGCCGCGCGUUCCGGGAGCGGUACGACUGCUUCUUCCUGUGGGUGGACGUCCAGCUCCCCGUGCUGCACGGCUUCGUCGGCCGCCGCGUCGACGAGAUGUGCGGCCGCGGCCUCGUCGGCGAGGUCGCCGCCGUGUUCGACCCGGACCGCACCGACUACUCCCGCGGCAUCUGGCGCGCCAUCGGCGUCCCGGAGCUCGACGCGUACCUCCGGUGCUGCCCCUCCGCCGGCGAGGAAGAACGCUCCCGGCUCCUGGCCAUCGCCAUCGAGGAGAUCAAGGCGAACACGCGCCGGCUCUCGUGCCGGCAGCGCGCCAAGAUCCAGAGGCUGGACCGCCUGUGGCGAGUCCGCCGCGUGGACGCCACCGAGGCCCUCCGGCGACGCGGCGUCGCCUCCGACGAGGCGUGGGAGAGGCACGUCGCCGCGCCGAGCAUUGACGCCGUACGAUCGUUCCUUCACGGCGGCGACUUCGCCGCCGCCGAAACCACGGCGGCGCCGCCGCAGCCGUUGCUCCCCAUGUUCGCUCUCGCCGCGGCCGGCGCCGGCGUCUAA